CUUCUGCUUCCUGCUUGCCUGCCUGCCUGCCUCGCUUGCUCCGUGGCUGAGACAUCGAGAGAGAGAGAGAAAGAGAGGGAGAGCGAGAGAGAGACAUCGAGAGAAAAUCCCUGUCUAGGCAUGGACCUCCGGCUGCAGCACUCGGCAGCUCGCGAGGAAUGACAACAGUUCACAUGGUCAUUAACUCCAGUUGCUGAGGCUGAAGGGAGCUGCGCCGUAGCUCAGUGUCACAGAAGCACCGGGUGCCUCCUAUGUGCGGGACAGCAGACAGACAGAGGCACACACAGCAGCAGAGCGCUACGGGACCCUGUGAAAUGAGAUCGCUGACAGAAAGUGCCUUGUGAGACCCUACUUGAAGAUUCCUGGGCGUUUUUUUUGGACAGCUCCAUAUUUCUCCCUCUGCAGUCGUGACGGGAGCUCAGCCCCUCGGUUUGUCUUUACCUGUGCUCAGUGUGAAGAAAGCCUCGGGUGAAGAGGUGGAGCUGCUGCACUGCUGGCCAAGGUGCCAAAUCUCAGAAAGAGUAGGUACUGAGGAAGAUUAAACAAUAGAAAGCCACAAACUUGUGUUGUCCAAAUCUGUGCCAUUGCACCUUAAAAUAGCACUGCUGUUGCUCCUCAACAUCCACCCUUGCACAGAUAUCGUCACUCAUACAAAGGACAUUUUGGGGACAUUGGUACAACCAGUAGAGCUUGUGUCCGAGCAUGCUCCCUCUGCUUCGUCAGAGGUCUGCAUCUGAGACUUACUGAUUGAUGAACAAUUAGCUGUUCAACUGACAAACUCCAUAGCAGCAGUGCAGUCCCAUGCUACGGUCACAAAGACUUUGUCAGUCCAUUACCUCCACUUUCCUCUCUGUAAGGACAAAUCUAAUCCACUGACCUGAAGCAGAUCGCUAUUAGCUACAUGUUCUAUCAGUUUUAGUUGUUGUUUGUUUCAUUUUUUUUUUACUGGGACACUCAGAAAGACCUCCUAAGAGGAUACCCUCCUCCUUUAACCAAGUGGCUCAACUCCACCCAAAGUCUUCAGCCAGCUCUGCUGACAUGGCUCUAAACAUUGCCUCGAUACGUGACACAAAAUGGCUGACCCUGGAAGUUUGCCGACAGUUUCAGAGAGGGACUUGUUCACGCAGUGAUGAGGAAUGCAAAUUUGCCCACCCGCCCAAAAGCUGCCAGGUGGAGAACGGGAGGGUGAUCGCCUGUUUUGACUCGUUAAAGGGCCGCUGCACGCGAGAGAACUGCAAAUACCUCCACCCGCCCGCUCACCUGAAGACCCAGCUGGAGAUCAACGGCAGAAAUAACCUGAUCCAGCAGAAGACGGCAGCCGCCAUGUUGGCCCAACAGAUGCAGUUUAUGAUCCCCGGCACCACCAUGCAACCUGUGCAGACGUUUCCAGUCAGCCAGGGCCUGGGUUCCAGUGCAGGUUUGAGUUACACACCCUACCUGACACCGAUGUCCCACAGCAUGGGACUGGUGCCCACAGACAUCCUGCCCAGCACCCCAGUCAUCGUACCCGGCAGCCCGCCCGUCUCCAUGACCGCCGGCUCCUCCUCCAACCAGAAACUGCUGCGUACCGACAAGCUGGAGGUGUGCCGCGAGUUCCAGCGGGGCAACUGCGCUCGUGGCGAGACCGACUGCCGCUUUGCUCACCCGAGCGACAGCCCCAUGAUCGACACCAGUGACAACACGGUCACCGUCUGCAUGGACUACAUCAAGAGCCGCUGCUCCCGCGAGAAGUGCAAGUACUUCCACCCACCGGCCCACCUGCAGGCCAAGAUUAAGGCCGCCCAACACCAGGCCAAUCAGACAGCUGUGGCUGCGCAAGCCGCUGCCACAGCUGCAGCCAUGACUCAGUCGACUGCCAAAGCAAUGAAGCGACCCCUCGAGGCAACUGUAGACCUGGCGUUCCCCCAUGGCGUCCUCCAGCCCCUACCAAAGAGACAAGCACUUGAGAAGAGCAAUGGAGCAAACUCCCUGUUCAACCCCAGUGUUUUGAACUACCAGCAGGCGCUGGCCAAUGCACAGCUCCAGCAGCCCACUUUCUUUCCCGCAGGGUCAGUCUUGUGCAUGACUCCUGCUAGCAGUCUUGUCCCAAUGAUGUACAGUGCUACGCCUGCUACUGUCUCUGCAGCAACAACUCCUGCCACAAGUGUCCCCUACGCAGCAACAGCACCAGCCAAUCAGAUCAUCCUGAAGUAAGUGUCAGGAAGGGAAUGGAGUGUCACGAAGCUGCACUAGGAAACCCAAAACAGCCCCUCUGUAAAUACUACCUUACCUCUCCAAUAGAGGUCCAGCAACCUGCAUGCUAAGAGUGUAACACUUCAAUUUAACCGUAAGAACUGCAGUGCCGGUGUAACACACACAGAAAAAAAGAUAUAUACUGUAUGUAUUGCUAGAAAAAAAACUAUUAACAUGAAAAAUUCAAAAAUACUCUUAUGUAUAGUGCAACAUACAUAGCAAACACACUAUAGAGGUCAUUUUAACAACUGUUCUCCCAAAGUACCGUGGAUCCCCUUUCUUUCAUAUUUAUUCUAAGAAACCUCUGCACAAUGUUCAUCCCUUGGUUAGUAAAAGAGAUGCUCGAUUUGCACUAUAUGAGAAAUAUAGUGCUUUCUGUUGAAGCGGAAAACAGGAAGAGUCACAGAAAACCCGUGCACAACCACACCGACGCACUUGGCGCUUUUCAAGGGGCGGCGAGCUCGAGGGUUUUUGUCUCGCGGUCUUUGCUUUUUCCUCUCUUCAAAGUUGAAUGUCAUUGAGGCAGACAGGCUCAUGUUUUCUUAAUGUGACUGUCCCUGCGAGGGUCCCUCCGCGACCCUCAUCUGCCCAUUAAGAUGCCAUGAUGAAGCUUAUCCUCCAAAACCUCCCCUCCCCACCCCCACCCCCGCCAACUUUUCAUCUCCGGAAAACAUCUUGCCAAAGUUGCGGCUUGGACGAGAUCGGUGGAAUCAACCUGCCAGAAAAGCAGAGCCACAUUUUGACAUCCUGCUGAAAUGUUUUUCUUUCUUUUGCCAUUUCCCAAGCUGCUCAGAACGCAACUCAGCUACCCUUUAUUUGUUUUGGUGCUGGGUUGAAUUCUUUGUUUAGGGGGAGUGGUGGGAUAGUUCGUGCACAGAUUUUUGCAUGUGGUUCGGACAGACAGGGGAAGACAGUGCCCAGUGUUGACAGAAGAUAGUCGUGGCCAUUACCGAAAAGCCUAAAGGCUCGGGUCUGUGCCAAGGGCUUAACAAAGCUUGAGGGUUAGUUCCAGACAUACCAAGCCUUGUGUGUGUGUGUGCAUGUGUGUUUGUAUCUGGAGACUGAUGGUCUGCCGGCAGACUGGGACUUGAAGCGAGGUCUAGCAGGUGAUGACAACACCAUGCCUGGUAGGAGAGUUUCUUUUUUGGGGGGGGGGAUUUAAGUGCUAAGACUUAACAAAAAAAAACGGUGCAUUUGACGUUGCUCGUCAAGUAAAAGAUGACUUGAACUUCGACUGGAGGGCUAUCUGUGACCGUCGGUUGUCCUGUCCAACCCUACUAUCACCGAUAAUCCUGUUCCAUUUUAGAAAACUGUAGAAGUGCCUAAAAAAUGCUCAUCAACAACAUGCAUCCAGAGUGUAUCACUAAAAAGUCACAGACACAACACACUGGCUGUCAGAAGCAACAUGGACUUUCGGGAAAGACAUCAUUUUUUGCGAAUCGUUACUGGAAUCAGUUUUUCUAGUAACAGUUCAUUAACAUCACAAGUGACUUUAUCGAAACACAAAAAGAGUUUAAAGAAACGACAAAUCAAAAAUAGCUUUGUAGAAUGUUUGGUGACUUUCAUGGUGUACCAUCGUUUCUUACCAUGGUUUGAGUAGUUUACAUGAGGAACGUGGGUGAGAAAAAAAAAUGUAUUGUAAACUGUGUAAUGUAUGUAAAGUGUCUCUUUUUUUGAGAGUUUAUAUUCAUGGUUCUAGAAAUGUAUUCAAAGUUAUUUAAAAUUUGUGUUGUGUCUACUAUCAAGGUAUGUUUGAACCCCCCCUCCCCCAUAACCCACCUCCACCUCUCAGAACAAUCAUUCGUGUUUUUUUUUUUCAGCCAAGAUCAUAAAAUGUUUCAUUAUUUUAGACCAACCCUCUUUAAUUUUUCGCAUUUUAUGAUUAGCGUGUUUUAAUUAAUUAUACUAAAUCUUAUUUUCCAUUUUUCAAAAAUUCAGAUGUAAUUUCAUGGUGCUUGAUUAAUAUUUGACAAUCCACAAUCAUACCUUUGGAACAGGAGCGAAGCUCUGGUUUCAUGUUUUGGUUUCAUUCUCUUUGAUUGUCUUCUCAUGCAUUAUGAUUUGUAUGUAAUAUUUGUGGAAGGUGGUAAAAGUUAUAUUUUGUUGUAAUUUAUCUUAUGUUACUCUUGGUCAAAUUUUAGUCAAAAACAAUGUUGUAAACUAUUCUAUUUUGAAAUGAAUGUAAUUUAUUGAGCUGUGCUACAUUCUGCACGGUUGGUCAUUUCAAGGUCUAACCUGUUAGGUCAGCGAAUGAGAAGUCGCAUAGGAACGAGGGGCGGGAUUUAAAAAGUCAGCCCGCCAAUGGAAAGCUACUGGAUCUUUCUUGCCUUCUCAUCGAAAAAAAGAUCACGGUGUUGCAGUAAUGAGCAUAGUAAUAGAGUUGCUUGUGUUGUUGGAAAAAAAAUGUUUAUUGUAUAGAUGACAUUUUACCAAAAAAAGAGAAGAAAAUUUCAAAAAAGAUGUACUUUUCACUCUAGUAUGAUAGUAUUUCAUAACAAUAUUAAGUUGUUGCUGUGGCAACCAAAUGUUGCAAUUACUAAAGUUCGGUAUUUUUGUAAAUGACAUUGUUAAGUUGAUUUUCUGUUUCUUUUUGCUAGAACACUGUACACAAGGUAGAUUGUAAAGAAGAUAUGAACAUUUCUUAUUCUUCACUGAGAUUAUGACAAUGACCUAAUAUUUUCAUUAGCAAAUAACAGCCUCUAUAGUGCUGUGACUGUAACACUUAAAUAGAUUUAAAGUCAUCAAUGUUACAUAGAUUAUAUAUAUAUAAAUAUAUAAGAAUGGAAUAAUCUAUAAAUUAAUAAGUUCAGAUGUACAACUCUUCCCCUGAGAAAGGACCUUUAGGUUCCACACUGAGACAUUUUAUUCGAUGUAUCACUAGAGUUAAGGAUUGCACUUUUCAUAUUGUUUAAAGAUGUGAUCUGUUUUUCAUUUCCUUUAAGGGUUAGAGGUUACUGCACCCUGUUAGUACAGUAAAUCUGUUUAUCAAUCAAAAGCAGAUGCUAUCGGUAAAUAACUUUAAUUAAACAUGUUGCAUGGGAAAACAAUAUUUUCUUUUCUUACUAAAUGAUAACUGAAUGUUUCUAGUGAAAAAAAAAAGUCUGUACACAAAAUGUCAUUUGGUGACCCACAAUGCCCUUGUGUAUGGAAUCCUCUUGAGAUGUAAUGUUUUUGAAAUGUGUUGGCAAUGAUUGACUGAUGGUAAAAAGAAAAAUGUAAGCACUUUCUGAGCAGUUGGUCAACUGAACAGACUCAGCUUAUCCAAACACUUUGCCUUAUCUUGAGUCCAUCGUGCUUAAGGUUUUAUGUUUUUAAGAGCUCUUAUGAAAUUUUAUUAAAGAGACUGAACAGGUCUCUCCUCUCAAACCCCUUCUCAGUUUCAUUUCAAAUAUAUAUCUUUAUA